UAUACCUUGACUCGAUCCAGACUUUCUUUUAUCUAAUACCAAACAAUCAUAGCAAGCACCGGCGAACCAGCAGAAUUUUUGUGAAAGAAUCACACACAGUGAGCAGCAUGCGGCAUCACAUGUACAACUCAGCAUGGCAACGAUGCUGCGUCAUCAUGACGACACUCAUCACUUUCAGCACGAUUUCAGAAUCGGUCAAAACGACGUGCGACUUCGAGUCUGGAUUUUGUGGCUGGAAAAACUUGCUCCGCAAUGACCUGGACUGGAGACUGAGGAACAGCUCAACUCCGUCUGAUGACACGGGCCCUAGUACGGAUCACACAACAGGAACAUCCUUAGGUCAUUACGUGUACAUUGAGACGUUAGGAGCAAGCAAUGCACAAGCUGUACUUGCAAGUUCUGCUGUGACCAACUCAAAUCAAACGACCUGUAAAUUGUCAAUGGCUUAUCACAUGUAUGGCUCACAAAUUGGUACAUUGGAAGUGAUUGUUCACACUACGUACGGAAACUCUUCAGUAUGGAGUCGUUUUGGCAACCAGGGGAAGAGGUGGUUAACCACUACUGUUGACUUUGGAAGCAUAAAUGGCUCGUUUGAAAUUUAUGUGAGGGCUUCACAUUCAUCUGGCUCUGGAGGAGACAUUGCUUUGGAUGAUCUUUCACUGACUAAUUGUUCUCCAGGUUCGCCUCUUCCUCCACCAACUUCAUUCCCUUCUCAACCAUUUCUUGACACGACAUGCUCGUUUGAAACCAAUCUUUGCAUGUGGUCUAAUGAUGUCUCUAAUGACGUUGAUUGGGUUAUGCUUCAAGGAAGUACUCCUUCAUAUCUAACUGGGCCUACUGAUGAUCACACAUACCAAAAUGGCAGUGGUAAGUACAUCUACUUUGAAGCCACAGGUGCAGGCUAUUCUAGUCAUGCCGCUCUUGUCAGUCCCGAGUAUCUUAAGAGUGGCAGCGCAUGUCGCAUGCAGUUUGCAUAUCAUUUCUAUGGCAGUAACAUUGGAGACAUGGACGUCUACUUUGUGACUAAUGGAGAUGGAAAAAUUCAUAAUUUGUGGUCUACAACUGGAAAUCAAGGAAACGUUUGGCAAAUGCGUACAGUGUUUAUUGGACCACAGACGGACUUCAACAUCUAUUUUAAGGGCACUCAUUAUAGAGGUUACCAGGGUGAUAUGGCACUGGAUGAUAUCUCAUUUCUUGACUGUGAUCAGAAUGUUACACAAAGACCAUGCACCAAGAAUGAGUUCACUUGUUUACAGAGCAAGCUGUGUGUGGAAACAGAUUCACUGUGUGACUUACACAAUGAUUGCUAUGACAACAGCGAUGAAAUACAUUCUUCUUGCAAUUCGGCAUUUCAAUGUGAUUUUGAGCAAAGCAUGUGUGGCUUUACCAAUGAUGAGAAUAACGACGACUUUGACUGGACGUUGGCUCGAGGCUCAACAGCCAGUUCCCAAACAGGACCAGGAACUGAUCAUACGACACGGGACUCAAAUGGUCGUUAUAUCUACAUUGAGGCUUCAUACCCUCGUGCUGGUGACACCGCUAUUCUGUGGAGUCCGCUUUUCAAUUCUUCAGCAGCAGCGAACUGUUCUGUCAGGUUCUUUGCUUUUAUGUACGGUCAAGAUAUGGGGAGUCUAGUUGUGUCUCAAGUUAUUGGUACAUCGUGGACUCAACUCAUAAAUAUUAGUGGAGAACAGGGACAAGACUGGAAGAAAUUUAGUUUAAACGUUCCUUUGUCAGGAGGGAAGAAAUUUAAGCUUGCCUUUGAGGGAGUUCGUGGGAAUGGCUAUGCUGGUGAUAUUGCACUAGACGACUUGACGUUUAGCACAUCUUGUCCAAAAGCAGAACUUCCAACUGAUUAUCCAACUACUGACGCAGUGACAACAUCUACUCCAACCGCAGCCAAGAGAUUCGUUGACCCUUGUUUUACAUCAGCUUCGUCUAUUGCUGACGGAAGUGUGAGACUUGCUGAUGGGGACACUCCAAAUGAAGGUCGAGUGGAAAUAUAUCACAAUGGGCGAUGGGGAACAGUAUGCGAUGACUUUUGGACUUCAACUAACGGACGAGUGGUUUGCAAGCAGCUAGGAUACCGAUACUACCGCAGUAGACUAUAUAAUAAGCCAGGUAAUGGGAGUAUAUGGAUGGACGAUGUCAGAUGCAGUGCAAGCGACUUAAGAUUGCAGCAUUGCUCAUUUCGUGGUUGGGGAAUUGAUAAUUGUGGUCAUAGCGAGGAUGUAGGCGUAAUCUGUGGAACUGCAAUCGACGGUGACGUUCGACUUGUUAAUGGAUAUACUGCAAAUGCAGGAAGGGUUGAAAUUUAUUACAGUGGGGAGUGGGGAGGCGUGUGCGCUGACGGUUGGGAUUUGAAUGAGGCGAAUUUGGUGUGUAGACAACUUGGUUACUCACACGCUCGUAAUGCCACUACUGGCUCAUAUUUCGGGCAAGGCUGCGGAAGAAUAUGGAUGAGCAAUAUUGAUUGCCGUGUUUGGCGGUAUUCACGAAUAGCUAACUGCCCUUUCUCAGGCUGGGGCGUACGCAGCUGUGAUCAUUCUGGAUAUGCGGGUGUGAUCUGCGAAACACUUAUACCAACCACUGACUGGUGGUCUCAUGCAACAACAGCUGGCCCACAUGACUUUUGGUGGUGGUAUACAACUUCACCGCCUGGAAAAGAUGAUAAAUCAGCGACUCCAAUAAUUGUUGGAGUUACAGUUUCUGUAACAUCGGCUGUAUUGGUAUUUGUUAUCGUUUUAAUCGUCGUAAUCCGGAUAAGGCGCAAACAGGCGACCACUGCAACAACGACGACAACAAGUGCUCAAGUAUCGGCUGGACAACCGGCGCAGGCACAGUCGGUAAUUUUCGUACCAUCUGAAUAUCUGAAUGUGACAUAUCCCAGUCUUCACUUCCAUUCUAAUGAAUUGGGAGCUCCGCCUUCUUACGAGACGGUGAUUGGUUAUCGAGGCGAUAGUCAAACAGUGAACUUUGGUGGGAUGAAUCAACAAUACUGUGACACUCCAAAUAAAAGUCGAGUGGAAAUAUAUCACAACGGCGAAUGGGGAACAGAGUCACUACCAACGCUGAUGACACGGACUGGCAGGAUGCAUAGACCUGUGAAACAAGUCAAAGUCAAACAUUGUCUCAACGGUAGCAAUGACAAAUCACAAUUAGUGAAAGCAACUGAGCUGAUGCCGGAAGGUGGCACAGAACAGGUAGAAGAUGAUCUAGCGCUUUCAGAAGAAUCAGACUUUGAAGGCUUUACUGGACUACUUGCUGCAACUUUUAUGGUCCAAGCCCAAGGUUCGCCUCUUUCUAAACCAACUUCAUUUCCGCCUCAACCAUUUCCUUACACGACAUGCUCGUUUGAAAACAACCUUUGCAUGUGGUCUAAUGAUGUCUCUAAUGACGUUGAUUGGGUUAUGCUUCAAGGAAGUACUCCUUUAUAUCAAACUGGGCCAACUGAUGAUCACACAUACCAAAAUGGCAGUGGUAAGUACAUCUACUUUGAAGCCACAGGUGCAGGCUAUUCUAGUCAUGCCGUUCUUGUCAGUCCCGAGUAUCUCAAGAGUAGCAGUGCAUGUCGCAUGCACUUUGCAUAUCAUUUGUAUGCCAGUGACAUUGGAGACAUGGACGUCUACUUUGUGACUAAUGGAGAUGGAAAAAUUCAUAAUUUGUGGUCUACAACUGAAAAUCAAGGAAACGUUUGGCAUAUGCGUACAGUGUUUAUUGGACCACAGACGGACUUCAACAUUUCUUUUAAUGCCACUCAUUAUGUUGGUAACCAGGAUGAUAUGGCACUGGACGAUAUCUCAUUUCUUGACUGUGAUCAGAAUGUUACACAAAGACCAUGCACCAAGAGUGAGUUCACUUGUUUACAGAGAAAGCUGUGUGUGAAAUCAGAUUCACUGUGUGACUUACACAAUGAUUGCUAUGACAACAGCGAUAAAGCACAUUCUUCUUGCAAGUCGGUAUUUCAAUGUGAUUUUGAGCAAAGUAUGUGUGGCUUUCCAAAUGAUGAGAAUAACGACGACUUUGACUGGACGUUGGCUCGAGGCUCAACAUCCAGUUUCCAAACAGGACCAGAAACUGAUCAUACGACAGGGGACUCAAAUGGUCGUUAUAUCUACAUUGAGGCUUCAUACCCUCGUGCUACUGGUGACACCGCUAUUCUGUGGAGUCCGCUUUUCAAUUCUUCAAAAGCAGCGAAUUGCUCUGUCAGGUUCUUUGCUUUUAUGUACAGUCAAGAUAUGGGGAGUCUCGUUGUGUCUCAAGUUAUUGGAGCAUCGUGGAUUCAACUCAUGAAUAUUAGUGGUGAACAGGGACAAGACUGGAAGAAAUUUAGUGUAAAAGUUCCCUUGUCAGGAGGGAAGAAAUUUAAGCUUGCCUUUGAGGGAGUUCGUGGGAAUGGCUAUGCUGGUGAUAUUGCACUAGACGACUUGACGUUCAGCACAUCUUGUCCAAAAGCAGCUUCGUCUAUUGCUGACGGAAGUGUGAGACUUGCUGAUGGAGACACUUCAAACGAAUGUCGUGUAAAAAUAUAUCACAGCUAUAGGAAUGGGCAAUGGGGAACAGUAUGCGAUGACUACUGGACUUCAACUAACGGAGGAGUGGUUUGUAAGCAACGAGGAUACGAACUGCACUCGACGGUGACUUUCGACUUGUUAAUGGACAUACUGCAAAUGCAAGAAGGGUUGAAAUUUAUCACAAGCGUGUGCGCUGACAGUUGGGAUUUGAAUGAUGCGAAUGUGGUGUGUAAACAACUCGGUUACUCACACGCUCGUAGAGCCGCUACUGGCUCAUAUUUCGGGCAAGGCUGCGGAAGAAUAUGGAUAAGCAAUAUUAAUUGCCAUUUUGGGUUGCAUUCACGACUAGACGACUGCCCUUUCUCAGGCUGGGGCGUACGCAGCUGUAAUCAUUCUGGAUAUGCGGGUGUGAUCUGCGACAGAGGUGCAGGCUAUUCUGGUCAUGCUCCUCUUGUCGGUCCCGAGUAUCUCAAGAGUGGCAGUGCAUGUCGCAUGCAGUUUGCAUAUUAUUUCUAUGGCAGUAACAUUGGAGACAUGGACGUCUACUUUGUGACUAAUGGAGAUGGAAAAAUUCAUAAUUUGUGGUCUACAACUGGAAAUCAAGGAAACGUUUGCCAUAUUCGUACAGUUUUUAUUGGACCAAAGACGGACUUCAACAUCUAUUUUAAUGGCACUCAUUAUAGCGGUUACCAGGGUGAUAUGGCACUGGACGAUAUCUCAUUUCUUGACUGUGAUCAGAGAGUUUAUGAUAUUUUUGUGAUUUUUCUCAAGACGUUACACAAAGACCAUGCACCAAGAAUGAGUUCACUUGUUUACAGAGCAAGCUGUGUGUGGAAACAGAUUCAUUGUGUGACUUACACAAUGAUUGCUAUGACAACAGCGAUGAAGCACAUUCUUCUUGCAGUCAGUCAAAUGCCACCUGUCGUCAUUCUGCAUUUCAAUUUGAUUUUGAGCAAAGUAUGUGUGGCUUUACAAAUGAUGAGAGUAACGACGACUUUGACUGGACGUUGGCUUGAGGCUCAACAUCCAGUUCCCAAACAGGACCAGAAACUGAUCAUACGACAGGAGACUGAAAUGUGCUUUGUAACCACCAAGCCUAUUGCUACAACUCCAAUUAGUGGUUUCUCUUUAUAUGCUACUUUACCAUGGUGUUUCCCAAGAUAUUUGCAAGGCAUGUCUGUGACCACGCUUCACACUAAGUUUUAUAUAGCUACUGUGUGCUCCACACUCAAAAGCUUUGAUGCUGGUCGUUAUAUCGACAUUGAGGCUUCAUACCUUCGUGCUACUGGUGACACCGCUAUUCUGUGGAGUUCGCUUUUCAAUUCUUCAACAGCAGCGAACUGUUCUGUCAGGUUCUUUGCUUUUAUGUACGGUCAACAAAUGGGGAGUAUAGCUGUGUCUCAAGUUAUUGGAAAAUCGUGGUCUCAAAUCAUGAAUAUUAGUGGAGAACAGGGACAAGACUGGAAGAAAUUUAGUUUAAACGUUCCUUUGUCAGGAGGGAAGAAAUUUAAGCUUGUCUUUGAGGGAGUUCGUGGGAAUGGCUAUGCUGGUGAUAUUGCAUUAGACGACUUGACGUUCAGCACAUCUUGUCCAAAACCAGCUUCGUCCAUUGCUGAUGGAAGUGUGAGGCUUGCUGAUGGGGACACUCCAAAUGAAGGAAGGGUUGAAAUUUAUCACAAUGAGGAGUGGGGAGGCGUGUGCGCUGACGGUUGAGAUUUGAAUGAGGCGAAUGUGGUGUGUAAACAACUGGGUUACUCACACGCUCGUAGUGCCACUGCUGGCUCAUAUUUCGGGCAAGACUGCGGAAGAAUAUGGAUAAGCGAUAUUAAUUGCCAUGUUUUGGGGUAUUCACGACUAGUCGACUGCCCUUUCUCAGGCUGGCGCCUACGCAGCUGUAAUCAUUUUGGAUAUGCGGGUGUGAUCUGCGGUUCGCCUAUUUUGCCACCAAAUUCAUUCCCGUCUCAACCAUUUCCUGGUGUGUUACAACUGCGCUCCACGUCUCUUAGUAAGUACAUCUACUUUAAAACCACAAGUGCAGGCUAUUCUAGUCAUGCUGCUCUUGUCAGUCCCGAGUAUCUCAAGAGUGGCAGUGCAUGUCGCAUGCAGUUUGCAUAUCAUUUCUAUGGCAGUAACAUUGGAGACAUGGACGUCUACUUUGUGACUAAUGGAGAUGGAAAAAUUCAUAAUUUGUGGUCUACAACUGGAAAUCAAGGAAACGUUUGGCAUAUGCGUACAGUGUUUAUUGGACCACAGACGGACUUCAACAUUUAUUUUAGUGCCACUCAUUAUGUUGGUAACCAGGAUGAUAUGGCACUGGACGAUAUCUCAUUUCUUGACUGUGAUUCGAACAAUCAUCGCAAACACCGAGGAACCAGCGGAAGUUUUGUGAAAGAAUCACACACAGUGAGCAGCAUGCGGCAUCACAACGCAGCGUGGCAACGAUGGUGCGUCAUCAUGACGACACUCGUCACUUUCAGCACGAUUUCAGAAUCGGUCAAAACGACGUGCGAUUUCGAGUCUGGAUUUUGUGGCUGGAAGAACUUGCCCCGCAAUGACCAGGACUGGAGACUGAGGAGCGGCUCAACGUCGUCUGAUGACACGGGCCCUAGUACGGAUCACACCACAGGAACAUCCUUAGGUCAUUACGUGUACAUUGAGACGGCAGGAGCAAGCAAUGCACAAGCUGUACUUGCAAGUUAUGCUGUGACCAACUCAAAUGAAACGACCUGUAAAUUGUCAAUGGCUUAUCACAUGUACGGCUCACAAAUUGGUACAUUGGAAGUGAUUGCUCACACUACGUACGGAAACUCUCCAUUAUGGAGUCAUUUUGGCAACCAGGCGAUUUGGUGGUUAACCACUACUGUUGACUUUGGAAGCAUAAAUGGCUCGUUUGAAAUUUAUGUGAGGGCUUCACAUUCAUUUGGCUUUAGAGGAGACAUUGCUUUGGAUGAUCUUUCACUGACUGAUUGUUCUCCAGGACUUCCAACUGUAUACUCAACUACUGACGCAAUGACAACAUCUACUCCAACCGCAGCCAAGAGAUUCGUUGACCCUUGUUUUCCACCAGCUUCGUCUAUUGCAGACGGAAGUGUGAGGCUUGUUGAUGGGAACACUCCAAAUGAAGGUCGAGUGGAAAUAUAUCACAAUGGGCGAUGGGGAACAGUAUGCAGUGACUUCUGGACUUCAACUAACGGACGAGUGAUUUGUAAGCAGCUAGGAUACCGAUACUACCUCAGUAGACUAUAUAAUAGGCCAACUAGUGGGAGUGUAUGGAUGGAUGACGUCAGAUGCAGUGCAAGCGACUUAAGAUUGCAGCAUUGCUCAUUUCGUGGUUGGGGAAUUCACAAUUGUUUUCCUAGCGAAGAUCUAGCCGUAAUAUGUGGAGCUGCAAUCGACGGUGACGUUCGACUUGUUAAUGGAUAUACUGCAAAUGCAGGAAGGGUUGAAAUUUAUCACAAUGGGGAGUGGGGAGGCGUGUGCGCUGACGGUUGGAAUUUGAUUGAUGCGAAUGUGGUGUGUAGACAACUCGGUUACUCACACGCUCGUAGUGCCACUAGUGGCUCAUAUUUCGGGCAAGGCUGCGGAAGAAUAUGGAUAAGCAAUUUUAAUUGCCAUGUUCGGUAUGAUUCACGAUUAGACUGCCCUUUCUCAGGCUUGGACGUACGCAGCUGUGAUCAUUCUGGAUAUGCUGGUGUGAUCUGCGAAACACCUGUACCAACCAGUAACUGGUGGUCUCAUGCAACAACAGCUGGCCCACAUGACUUUUGGUGGUGGUAUACAACUUCACCGCCUGGAAAAGAUGAUAAAUCAGCGACUCCAAUAAUUGUUGGAGUUACAGUUUCUGUAAUAUCGGCUGUAUUGGUAUUUGUUAUCGUUUUAAUCGUCAUAAUCCGGGUAAGGCGCAAACGGGCUACCACUACAACAACGACGACAACAAGUGCUCAAGUAUCGGUUGGACAACCGGCGCAGGCACAGUCUGUAAUUUUCAUACCAUCUGCAUAUCUGAAUGUGACAUAUCCCAGUCUUCACUUCCAUUCUAAUGAAUUGGGAGCUCCGCCUUCUUACGAGGCGGUGAUUGGCUAUCGAGGCGAUAGUCAAACAGUGAACUUUGGUGGGAUAAAUCAGCAAUACGUCGCCUGACCCCUUCUGCAUUGAAUGGCAAUGUAUCUCAAAUGUGACAUAGCUGCCGUGUACAUGUCUCGUCUCGUAGCGUAACAUUGUAAUGUGUGCAUUUGAAUUUUAACGUAAAUAAUAGUGAAUAGUUCAUUUUAGUGAUUAGUAUAUUUCAAAUGACAUGUUUUAGAAUUUGUAGAUGAGAUUGGAUUAUUGCUGGUAAGUAAUAAAUGUUUUGUCUAGCUUGUAUUUCUAUAAUGUGAAAGUACUUAGGGCAACACA